AGGGUGCCAGUGAUGCCCGGAUCGCCCGUGGAAGUGAAGCUACAGUCCAGGUCCUCUCCUCCCAACAUGCCGCCGCUGCCCCCCGUGAACCCUGGUGGCCCCCGGCCGGUGUCCUUCACCCCAGCUGCACUGCCCAACGGAAUAAACCAUUCCCCUCCGACGCUGAACGGGGCACCAUCCCCACCGCAGAGGUUCAGCAACGGACCUUCCUCCUCCUCCUCCUCCUCGCUGACGAACCAGCAGCUCCCGGCCACGUGCGGUGCCCGGCAGCUCAGCAAGCUGAAGCGCUUCCUCACUACCCUGCAGCAGUUCGGCAACGACAUUUCGCCGGAGAUCGGGGAGAAGGUCCGGACGCUGGUCCUGGCCUUAGUGAACUCAACGGUGACGAUCGAGGAAUUUCACUGCAAGCUGCAAGAGGCGACGAAUUUCCCCCUCCGGCCGUUUGUGAUCCCCUUUCUGAAGAACACCAACACCACGUCCCCCGCCGACUCCUCCGAGCUGCUCAUCGAGGUGAACGGGAAGAGGCACAGUCCGGACAGAAGGGAAGACAGCAGCUUUGAGAGGGAGACGCUGCCGACGGAGCCUCCGGCCAAGAGGGUGUGCACCAUCAGCCCCGCGCCCCGGCACAGCCCGGCCCUCACCAUCCCGCUGAUGAACCCCGGGGGGCAGUUCCACCCCACCCCGCCGCCCCUCCAGCACUACACCUUGGAAGACAUCGCCACCUCCCACCUCUACAGGGACCCCAGCAAGAUGCUGGAGCACAGAGAGAUUCGGGACCGGCACAGCGGGCUUGGUUUGAACGGGGGAUACCAGGACGAGCUGGUGGACCACCGCUUGACGGAGAGAGAGUGGGCUGACGAGUGGAAGCAUCUCGAUCACGCGCUGAACUGCAUCAUGGAGAUGGUGGAGAAGACCCGGCGCUCGAUGGCCGUGCUGCGGCGCUGCCAGGAGGCCGAUCGGGAGGAGCUCAACUACUGGAAGAGGCGAUGCAGCGAGACGGCCGAGGCGCGGAAGGCGGGCGGCGAGCUCCUCUCCAGGCAGCACAGCCCCGGCAGCUCCGACUCCCUCGGCAGCGAUUCGUUGCGGGAGUUCAGCAGCAGGUCAGGAACGGGCUACGUCACUGAAGAGAUCUGGAAAAAAGCUGGUGAGUGUUUGCUGGCGAGGGAUUCUGCCGGCUCGGUGGAGAGUUGCUGGAACUGCGGUCGCAAAGCCAGCGAGACGUGCAGCGGCUGCAACAUCGCCCGGUACUGCGGCUCCUUCUGCCAGCACAAGGACUGGGAGAGGGUGUCCAGCCAUGGCAGGGCCUGGGGAGGGGUGAUCCGCACCCGCUGCGGUGACGUCUGCCGGGAGCACAGGGAAUGGGGUUAG